AUGCCGAUGGCCGACGACGGCCCCGACGACGACGACGCCGCGGCCGCCCCGGUCGCGGUGAGUUUCUUGACCGUCCGCGACGUCGACCUCAAGGGCCGCAUCCUCGCCGUGAGCACGGCGACGGAGAUGGAGGCCCUGCCGGACGGCACCCUCCACCGCCUCCCCUACGCGGAGUUCGAGCGCCGCGUGCGGGACUGCAUGAUCAUGGGCUUCGCCCUCGUCGAGUCGGUCAGCGACGAGCGGAUCACCGUCCUGGUGAAUGCCGCCCCGCUGCCCAAGGAGUUGGGCUUGUGUCUGUUGCUCACGGACGAGCAUCUGACGUCGUAG